CCAAACUGCCGGGAAAAUCAUAUAUUUUCUCCACGUUACAAGCCCAUUUCCCAUGAUUUAAACAAGCAAGAGCUGUAACGUGUAAUGACCACUAUAAACAGAGUGAGGCAGCAAAGCGCCAAACGCGCUUAGUGUGCCAUUAAAAUCUAAAAGAAGAAGAAAAAGACAAGCGAUAGAGGAAGAAGCCGAAUAAACACCACUACCAUAGGAUACCAGGGCUAACAGCUAGCUAACUAAUAUUUACGAAGUAGGACGUAGCAAAAGAGGUUUUUCCGCUUGUGUCUCUAAGGUCCUGAGCUGUUGGACACCGUCAGCUCACGCUACGGAAAACGCACCGCGGUAGCCACAUGAACUGAGUAACGUUAGCUAUGGAGAAAAGGUUCAGUCAGUGGAAGAAGCAGUGUCUGAACAAGCUGGACCUGAGUAAGAAGGGCAGCGUGGAUGAGGAUAUUGCACAUGUAGUGUCUCUGCUCAACAGCUUUGAGGAGUUCUUCACCACCAGCUCCUGCUCCGGGAGAAUCAUUCUCAUCGACGGGGCUCCAGACAGCAGUGAUGUUCACAAACAGAAUUGUUUUUGGCUGUUUGUCUCACACCAGAAAUGCAAAUCUGAUGACCUGAUAUCUGCUCUGGCAAACUCCAGUGGAGAAGCAGUGUUAAAGUUUGAGCCCUUUGUGCUCCAUGUUCAGUGUAGGCGGCUGGAAGAUGCACAGCUGAUGCACUCUGUGGCCAUCAACUCAGGCUUCAGGAACUCUGGUCUCACUGUCGGCAAGACAGGAAAAAUCAUCACGGCAGUCCGUAGCACCCACAGUCUGGAGGUUCCUCUAAGCCAUGCAGGAAAGCUCCUGGUUGAUCAUGAGUACAUCCACUUCCUGACUCAGAUAGCCAAUCAGAAGAUGGAGGAGAACCUCAGACGGAUCCACAGGUUCCACCAGAAUCUGCAGUCUGCCCUGCCAACAGAGAAACUACACAAAUUACAAAUGUCAGAUCCUCCUGUCUCACAGGAACCACAGGAAGUCCCUUACAGAGCGGAGACUGAAAAGGGGGAGACAAACAAAACAAGUGUGUAUAAACGAAGGCGAAAGAGAGAACAGCACCAUCAGACUUACUGUUGCCAUGGUGACGGGCCCAGCAUCGUGCCAGAGCUGGAUGACUGUCUGGAUCUAUUCACAUGAAGGAGUGACUCUGUGAAGAUGCUGACAUGCUCCUGUCAUCACUGACUAGAUAAUAAUGUCACUCUUUUCUGAAUGUACUGGUGAAGAUUAUCAGUUUUAUUUGAGAGCGCUGUAUCACAAAGAGGAUCACUAUGGUAACCUAAACCACACUGCUACCCUGCUUUGGAUCUGCUUUAAGUGAAUAGAUGAGUUUAAAAUGAGUGAACAGCUUGCUGGAGUGAUGGAUUUAUCAAUUUUGCACGGCUCCAACAUGGACAGAAGAACUGCAUUUACAAUAAAAUGAUAAACGAGAAACAUCAGCACAGUCACUUUGUUUUCCAUGAUUUCAAAAGUUAAACAUCCACCCAUCCAUCCAUCCAUCCAUCCAUCCAUUUUCAUGGGCUUAUCUGGGGCUGGGUCGCAGGGCAGCAAGCUGAGCAAAGCAUCCCAGACAUCCCUCUCCCCAGCAACGUUUUCCAGCUCCUCCUGGGGGACCCCAAGGUGUUCCAGACGAGAUAUGUAAUCCCUCCAGCGUGUUCUGGGUCUACCCCGGGGCCUCCUACCAGUGGGACGUGCCCUGGACACCUCCAGCAGGAGGUGCCCAGGAGUCAUCCGAGUCAGAUGCCCGAACCACCUCAACUGACUUCUUUCAAUGCGAAGGAGCAGUGGCUCUACUCUGAGCUCCCUCCGGAUGUCCAAGCUCAUUUCCGCCGCUUGUAUACGCGAUCUCAUUCUUUCGGGCACUACUUUCUGACUCAGCUCCCUCUUCACCACAACGGACCGGCACAGCGCCCACAUCACUGUAGAAGUAGCACCGACCCGCCGAUCCAUCUCACGCUCCAUUCUAUCCUCACUAGUGACCAAGACCCUGAGAUACUUUGUUACGACUGCUGUCGUAAUUUCUUUUUGUUUGUGUUUUGCUGCAUAUGUUCUCUGUGCGUAUUGUUUUCUGUAUGCAAAUAGGUGUGUGCCAUAGCCCGGCGGUGAUUGGUGGAUUGGAGCUGUCCUCGUUUGUGAUUGGCUGCAGCUGAGGGCGUUCGGUUUUUAAAGGACCAAGAUGGCACCUGCUUCGAGCUAGCAGGCAGACCCCAACUUCCUCCUCUCCCAACCGGCCACAGAUAUUGUUGUUGUAGUAAAUCAUUAUUGUGUUAAAGACUGUUAAAUCGUAGGGGUGGACCGCCAGUUUUGUUACCCUUUUUUCUCCUGUUUAUUUAGUUAGGGAGGUAAGCUUUUUGUCAUUUGUUUUUUUUAUUUGUUUGGUUAGGUUAUUUACUUACUCCCUGGGCAGGAUUGGUUUUGUUUGUUAUUUUGGCCUUAGUCCACCCUGAAGCUAUUAUUUCAGUUAAUUGUUAUUUAAACAUUGUAAAUAAAUUCGUACUAUUGAUCGUUCCGCACGACUACUUGGGACUUGGGGAAGAUGGGGGCCUUUCAUGUCAUGUCCCAGACACCCCUAGACUGGGCAUAACAACUUGAACUCCCUCGCUUGAGACAGUAACUCUCCCCCAACCCGGAGAGCGCAAUCCACCAGUGUCCGACAGAGAACCAUGGCCUCAGACUUGGAGGUGCUGACUCUCAUCCCAACUGCUUCACAUUCUGCUGCAAAACGCCCCAGUGGAGGCUGGAGGUCAUGGUGUGAUGGAGCCAACAGAACCACAUUGUCUGUGAAAAGCAGAGAUGCAAUUCUAGGAGUUAAACAUUCCAGAUUAAUUUAAUCAAUGCACUGACAAAGUAUGAGCUAUCUAGUUAGUUGUCAAUUAUUUUUGGUCAAAAGUGGCUCUGUUGAUAGUUAGGGGCUGACUCUGUUUUACAGCCAGCUUUAGGUAGCCAUUAGAGGAGCUGUAGUUUUUGGCACUGCAGCAUUUGCCUCAUUGUUCAGCCCUGGAGGUUGUCGCUUGGUAGGAAAAUCUGCAUUAUGAGAUGGACCAGUUGGCAUGCAUAUAGGUAAGGUAGGGAGAUAGUACACAGGGCAGCUGAUAAAGACACGUCUAAGAUCCUGUGGCACUUUCAAAUCUAUAAAUGAGCUGAGAAACUAGCUUGUCAAUAUAAUGUAGUGCAAGACCGCCUUUAAAUAUGACCUCCAUAAUAACAUGUUUGAAUGAACACGGCUGUUGUAUUGGACUGCAUUAGAUAGUACAGAUGUACCUAAUAAAGUGGCCACUGAGUGUAUUUUCACUGAGCUAUGCAUCACUGAAGGCACUGAUGAUGUUCCAACUGAUUCACAAAUCAUUAACAUUUCUAAUCCUUGUUUCUGGAACAAUAGAAAAAGAUCUAUCAUGGCUACUGUUGUCAGAAACACAUAUUACUGAUUCAUGGGCAAAGGUGUAGCAAACAGUUUUCUUUUUAAUUCAUACUUAGAUGUCUGAAAUCAUUCCUAUAUGUGUGCUAUUUGUAUGUGUGUAUUGAAUGCAUUUACAAAGCAGCAGGGCUGUCUGAGGUGAUUCUGGCCUGGAGUAGGCCUGAUAGUUUUUUCUACCUACAUACAAUAUAACAGUUCAUCUGUUAAUUGCUUUACAGUCACUAAUUAGACCUCCCUAUUAGUUCAGCCUCCAGGUAUGAAGAAUCUUGCUCUGCACUCAGUCCUGUGCACUGUGUUGUAGCUCUCACUGUAAAUUCUUUAGACAUACAUCUGUAGUCUUUGACUGAAAGCUUGUAAUGACAUCGAACAGAAUACACAGAUGCUAUUAUUCUGAAGCUGUUUCUUAAAAUUAACUGUGUUUCAGUAUCUCCACUAGAGGGCAGCAGUGUUUAUAUAACAACUCCAACUCCAAGGUUUCUCAGUAUAAUUUGUAUUCAGUGACACUCACUGGGAUUGAACUGACCUCUUGUAUAAAUAUAAUAAUUUAGUAAAAAAAAACAAACACCUGGUGGCCUUUUAGUGAAUAUUUAGUGUCCAGGGGCGAUGUCAUGGCCAUAUGAACAUGUUUGGGGCCACAUGGCAAAAAAUUUGCUGGUGGACCCCUAUUGGUCCAUCACACCCCCAAUCUAUCCAUACACCUUAUUGCCUCCAAGUUCCCGUCAAGUACAGACUACAUAGGAGCCCUUUUACACUGCCUCUUCAAGGCAAGGUUUACACCAUUAUGUGGCCUUGCCAUUCUGUACUAAAGGUACAAUUUUGGAGGGGGGGCGUGCAAGUUGUUGCACCUUUCAGCUAGCAUCUGAGGUAGUAGCAUUGCUGAAACAAUGUUUGUAUAAAAGGGACAGCCAGCUAGAUGGGAUACUGGGCGGCACAGGUGUGAUGUUUGACGAUAUGUUAUGCGUGUGACCCACCAUGGGAGAUUUUAAAAGUAGCUGACAGCAGUUAGUGGCUCAGAGACUCAAAGUCCAUGACUCAGAGAGGUAAAACAGCAGCUGAAAAUGUCUGCCAGUUGUGAAAACAAUGAGGUCCAGGAGCUCCUUACCCUCCGAGUGGAGAACAUACUAUAUGUCACACUAGAGGCUGAUUCUGCUGUGUUAUGUUACGCUUCUUUUUAUUCCAUGAUGCCAGCAUGCUGUCUAACAUCACACACUGGAGCGCCAUGACGCAACCGUUGUUAGGUUCAGUGUGAAAGUGCAAAGGCAGCAUAAAGUAGGGACUUGACAUCAGCCCUGCAGCAUGAUCUCUGCGUAAAAAGGGCUACAGACUAUGCAUGAUAGCUUCGUUGAAUGUCAGGAACAGUAGGAUUGUAAAAUUUGUAAUGCAUUUGCAAUUAAUCAAAUUAUUAAAAAUCUGAAUAUGAGGCUCUUGGCCCUGGAACAGUCAGUCUCUUCAUUGGUAAACCGGCCUUGUAAUUUAAAAGAAGUUGCUCAUAGUAUCACUUAACCCAACAGUGCUGCUCCUCUCAGCUCCUUUUAGUCUCUUGUUGCCAGUUGUUCUGGUUUGAAGUUUUGAAGUACACUCAACACUUAACCUGUUUUCCAGCAGUCGCUGUUGUGAAUAAGCUCUAAUAAAGCAACUGUACACCUGCUGACUCGCAGGUUUGCUUCAUCUAAGCCUGAGGCUGAUCACCAGCUGAGUGUGUAGUAGGAAGGAGAGACAUUGCGUGUCCUUUUAUGAAUUAAGUUGGGGAUGUUGAGGCAUAAAUUAUUAACAGGCUGUUGUGUAAGGAGAAGGUGAUUAUUCCCCAUUUGGAUGUCUUAUCUUUCCUAAAGGAGUGUCUAUAUGAAGGAUACUGCUUCACCUCACACUAUCAUUUAUCUAACAAUCUUCUCCACCCAGAUAUAUCAAAUAUUACACAUCGUGGAUUUGCAUUAUCAUUGAAGUAAAUUUUAUGCUAUCCCAUCAAUUUUUCAGCUAUUGCAGUUUUCUUUAUAACCAUAUCAGAGCUACUGAACAUAGCAAAGCAACGUUUUGUCGGACCAUAAGAAAAGUGACUCUGUCUCUGAAAAGACUUUCGCCCGUUGAUGUGGUAUUCUCUGGGCUUAAAUCAGAAAGGAUCAUCAAGGGGGAAUUCCACAGAAUUGCAGGUUUGUCAGUGUUAAUAAGAAAUUAAUCUACAUGGAUACAUUAUAUAAUGAUUUAUGAAUACUUUUCAUGUAUUGAAAGAUUCCGUGGUGUAAUUGGCUGCAUUUAUGGGACUUACAUCCCCAUCAUAGCUCCAUCUGAGCAUAAAGGUGAUUAUGUGAAUCGGAUGUAAUUUCACAGCAAUUCAGCAAUUCAAUUAACCUCAGCCUAAUAUUGACAGAAUGAAGUAAAGUAUAAGUAAAAUGUCUUCCAGUCUGCAUAAUAUUUUUGUGUUUGAUUUUGAGUGCAUUUGGGCCCCCAUCAGAUUACAGCUGAAUAAGAGGAUAUAGCAAAUUAUAUUAAAAUAUAUGAACAUUGUUAAUAAAUAAAAUGUUUCUAUAUAUUUUCUGUACAUCAGACAUGCUUUAAUGCAUCACAUUGCAUAACAUCACUUCACAUUACCUAUUAACACACUGCAAUCUUUUCCCAUGCCACCUCACACUGUUUAGCUGCAGCUGCAUAUAUAUAUAUAUAUAUAUACAUACAUACAUACAUACAAGACAAUUGAUACUGUGUAAGCCAGACAGGACAGAGCAUUAACUUUUCUCUUAGCUGUUAAAGCUUAUUUGACAAUGUAUGUCUUAUGUUGGUAAUUUAUUCAUUUCAGACAGUCAUAUUUCAUUUACCUUGACAGUUUAUUUUCAUUUGAUGUAUUAUUUUUUUUAAUGGUGAUUAUUGUUUAAGUAAGAGAUUUAUUUCCUUAAAAAAGUUCAUUGUCUCUUGUUCUGUAAGAUUGAGAGUGGAAUGCCAGCAGCAGAGAUUUUACUCAAUGUUCCUGAGAAAUAAAACCGCAGUCAAGGUCGACCACAAUCCCAAA